GUAGAGGAACAAAAAUGCUGGAUUCCUCUGACGAUGACUAACUGGUCAGCUUCUAACAACUACAAUGGCCGAUGAUUACUCCAGGUCUACCUGUGAUAUUGUAUAAUCCCGUUCUAUCGAUUUCGUCCUUGUGUGGCCUCACGGUUGCCAGUUUGUACCGUAGGCACUGUUGAUUUUCUCAGGUUUUAUUCUUGCCUGACCUGCGAUCCAUGUAAAAGGUGAACAAGAAAAGAGAAUAAACACCAGAAAGCACUACUGUGAGUAUGGACAUCCAGAGCGAGAGGAGUAGACUGCUGGAUGCGGAGAGUAGAAAUGAAGACCCUACAGGACUCAUGUCUGAGCAGGAUGCUUAUCUGAGUAAAGUGAAAAACAAGAAUUUAUACCUGGCCACAUUUGCGUCUGUUCUGGGUCCCAUGAGCUUUGGGUUCGUGUUGGGAUACAGCUCUCCUACCAUCCCUGAACUUACCAGCAUCACUGACCCUCGACUGCGGUUGGACAUUGACCAGGCCUCCUGGUUUGGGUCCAUAGUGACAGUGGGAGCGGCGGCAGGUGGGCUGCUGGGCGGUUGGAUGGUGGAGAAGAUCGGCAGGAAGCUCAGUCUGAUGUUCUGCUCGCUGCCAUUCGUCUUUGGCUUCACCAUCAUCAUCGCAGCGCAGAAUGUGUGGAUGCUUUACCUCGGCAGAGUGCUCACCGGCCUCGCCAGCGGAGUCACCUCACUAGUUGUCCCACUUUAUAUCUCUGAGAUGGCACACGAGCGGAUACGCGGGAUGCUGGGCUCCUGUGUGCAACUCAUGGUGGUGCUAGGCAUCAUGGGAGUGUAUCUUGCAGGUCUCUUCCUGGACUGGCGCUGGCUGGCGAUCUGCAGCUCCAUCCCGCCUACGCUGCUGAUGGUCUGCAUGUGCUUCAUGCCAGAGACGCCCCGGUUCCUGCUGUCACAGGGCAAGAGGCGGGAGGCAGAGGAGGCUCUACGCUUCCUGCGAGGACCAGACGCGCCCAUCGAAUGGGAGUGCGGCCGCAUCGAGGACGCCUGUGAUGAGCAGGGGUCCAGUUUCCAGAUGUCUGACCUGAAGGAUCCUGGUGUCUACAAGCCUCUGAUGAUCGGAUUCGUGCUGAUGUUGUUGCAGCAGAUGACGGGGAUCAAUGCUAUCAUGUUUUAUGCUGAGAACAUAUUUGAACAGGCACAUUUUAAGGAGAGUGACCUGGCCUCAGUGAUCGUGGGUCUGAUACAGGUCAUCUUUACAGCAGUGGCAGCGCUCAUCAUGGACAAAGCUGGAAGGAAAGUCCUUCUCAUCAUCUCAGGUGUUGCCAUGGCGAUCAGCACCACAGCGUUUGGGGUUUACUUCUACCUGAUGUCCAAACUUCACAGCACCACCUCGCUGAACCUUAUGAUGCUAGACAUCGAGAGCAAGGCUGCUGAAGAACCGCACGCUGAUCUGGCCUGGCUGGCCCUGGCCAGUAUGGCUGUCUUCAUCACAGGUUUUGCUCUCGGUUGGGGCCCUAUCCCUUGGCUGGUCAUGUCUGAGAUUUUUCCUGUGAAAGUGAGAGGGAUUGCUAGUGCUGUCUGCGUCCUCACCAACUGGAGUAUGGCGUUCAUCGUUACCAAAACCUUCCAAGACAUGAUGAAUCUUCUAACCAGUGCUGGAACCUUCUGGCUGUUCGCCUCCCUAUGCGUUAUCAACGUCAUCUUCACCAUUGCCUUUGUCCCAGAAACAAAGGGCAAGACAUUGGAGCAGAUCGAAGCCACGUUCAGAGGGACAGCAGGGCCAUGAAGCCAUCCCACCUGCCAAAAAAUAUCACACAUGUCAAAAACUGAAAAAUCUCAGGCCUCAUAUUUCUGAGGUGACUGAUCCUUGGGACACUGUGUGGACAUUUUCAAAAAAAUAAUAAUUAUAAAGUUAACCUGAUGCAGACUGGCACAACAGCACUGUAAUAAAUCCUACCUUCAUGGAGGUUACAAUGUUGAGUUUUCAUUCAAACUGGUUUAGAGAGGUCAGUCAACUGUAUGAUCAUUUUGGAAGAUGUAGUUUAUGGUGCGAUAGAACUGCGGAGGGUGUAUUUAUAUAUAUAACAAAUUAUUUGAUAAUAAUUUCUAAACCAGUUUAUAUAUAUAUAUGUAUAUUCCAGUGGUGAGGUCUGACUAAAUCAUUUGUUUCUGUAGGAAGUCUGACCUUCAAAAAUAAAGAAUAAAAUGAAAUACAGUUUUCUGUAGGUCAAAUCCUUUUCUAGACUUAAGUGAACAAGCGUCCUUGGUGUUCUGCUACCCUGAGUAAAACAACUUUACAGUGCCCCCUGCUGGUCGCACUGCUGUAGCCCACCUCUAAGUCUUUCAGUCAUUUAGAUCAGCAAGUUUUUCUGCACUGGUUUAAAAUUUCCUAACCUCGUGUAGUUUAACAGUUAAGCAGCUUUAUGGAAAGCUGUGCAACUGAAAAUUGUAUACAUAGUAAAGGUUUUAUUUAACACCGUGGUCUUAACGCUUUCGGGCCUGAAUUCUGUAGUGUCAAGUAUCCAAACGAAUUUGUGUUAAUUGUAAACCUCACCCCAUAUGUUUCUCCCUUUUAUGUGCCAAAAAUGUUUUUUGAAAGAGAUAAGAGGCUGUUGUAAGCUUGAAUUAAUGACAGAUACAAGAGAUUCAACUGUGUUGAGAUUUUUCUGUGGAAAAGCAAUAUCAGAAUAUCCAUAGAUGUUUCUCAGACUACUGCUGCAACACAUUUUUUCACUGUUCAUAUUUCACUUUUCAUCAUUUAACUCAUAAAAAACAGCAUCUGUCGUAAUCUUUGUUUAUCACUAUUUUCAGUUUGUUAUAUCAGCAGGUUGAAACCUGUACUAAACAAAUGUGAGUUUUCUGCAUUGAGAAUAUGUUUGGAAGAAAUUCUCUGGGGCUUUUUUCUAUUUUCUGUUUGAUUUUCUAUUCUAGUUGUGGUACAAUGCUGGGAGGGCAGGAAAUACAGAGACUAAAAUAAUGUCUGACUUCCUGGUUUUGCUCCUGAAAAUCAAGAAAAUCAAAAAGUCUUUAAGGAAUUUAGAAAGAACUUUAUUGUUAUUAUACUGAUGUCUUGGGAACUGAGUCUGUUGUUUACAAUAACUCUUGUUGUUCAUUUAACUGUGGGGUUUACAUUGUCAUGAAGUGAAAUUAAACAGAUUCUGUGAUGCAAAAGUUAACAUCUACAAUCAAUGUAAUUAAAACUGCCAACUGUAAACUGUCAUACAAGAAAGAAUUUAGGUGUGCUUUGUAAUAAAUUUCUUUUGGGAUACUCUUGAAA